AUGACACAUUCUGAUUCCUUUGGAUCCUCUAGUGGAAAGUCUGUAGAAGAUGCAGCUUAUGGGGGCGAGGACCAAUUGGCUGAAGGACAACAUGAUAGACGUAACCCAGUACAAGGCGCUGACCACUCGUUUCGACGGACAGAUUCCUCUCGUGACGAUGCUCAGGCCCCGCUGGAUCAAUUAACGAGACUAAAGACAAAUCACUCGACGUCAGGACAGAGCGUACUGGAUCCAGAAACUGUUUCUCGAGUGGCCACCUUGGCCCGUACCUUGUCGAACCAUCGUGCCCGUGAUGGUUCCUUAGAGGUGGACACCGAGAACUUCGACGCAGAGCAAAUUAUUAGAUCGUUCGUGUGUGAUAGUAAAGAACAGGGAAUACAUUUGCGUAAGGCUGGGAUCAUCGCCGAAAACUUCACUGUUGUAGGGCAAGAUUGCUCUUCAGCUGAAGGCCAAACUUUUGAAGACAUUUUACUGCUGCCCCGAACUAUUUUCCGGGGGAUCCGUGCCGCUAAAAAUGCCAAGACAAGGGACAUUGUUAGAGAAGCUAAUAUGCUUGCAAGACCAGGUGAAAUGAUAUUGGUCCUGGGAAGACCUGGAGCCGGCUGUUCUUCCUUUUUAAAGACCAUUGCUGGUGAAACUACUAAAUUCAAAGAAAUUCAUGGCUCGAUUUCCUACGAUGGUAUUCCCCAAGCCGAAAUGAUGCGCAAGUAUAAGACGGACGUGGUGUAUAAUGGAGAAAUUGACGUGCACUUCCCACAUUUGACUGUACAGCAAACCUUGGACUUUGCGCUCGCAUGCACUACUCCGAAAGUGAGAGUUAAUGGAAUUUCGAGAUCUGAAUACAUCGCCACCAUGCGUGAACUGUAUGCGACCAUAUUUGGUUUAAGACAUACUUAUAACACUAAGGUUGGUAACGACUUUGUUCGCGGUGUAUCUGGCGGUGAAAGGAAACGUGUUUCGAUUGCUGAAGCUCUGGCGGCCCGAGGAUCGAUAUAUUGUUGGGAUAAUGCCACUCGUGGCCUUGACGCCUCAACCGCUUUAGAGUUUGCUCAAGCACUACGACUCAUGACUAAUCUACAGAAAUCUGUAGCUCUAGUGACAAUUUACCAGGCGAGUGAAAAUAUCUUCGAUUGUUUUGACCGAGUAACCCUCCUCUACGAUGGUCGUCAGAUUUACUUUGGUGACGUCGAUAACGCCGAAAAGUAUUUCGAAAAGCUGGGAUAUCUGCGUCCAGCCCGGCAGUCUACUCCAGAGUUCCUUACCGCUUUGACAGAUCCCAAAGGGCUACAUGAGUUCGUGCCUGGUAUGGAAAACAAGGCUCCUAGAACUGCAGAAGAAUUUGAACAACGUUGGAGAGAUUCUAGCGAAUUCCAAAGUCUUCUACGUGAAGUUGAAACUUAUAAGAAUGAGAUUACUGCCGAUCACACGAAAGAACUAUACGAUAAAUCUCUAUCGCAGGAAAAGUCUUCUAUGACUCGGUCCAAAUCUGCUUAUACCGUCUCCUUUUUGGAGCAAGUUCGUCUCUGCACUCAACGUGGCUUUCAAAGAAUUUAUGGUGACAAAGCUUUCACUGUCACUAAUAUCAUUGCUUCGAUUAUUCAAGGUCUUGUGACUGGGUCUUUGUAUUACAGUCUCCCUUCUGGCGUUUCAGGUGCAUUUUCCAGGGGCGGUGUUUUCUAUUUUGCAAUCUUGUACACUUCUCUGAUGGGUUUAGCCAAAAUCAGUUUGGAUAGCAGACCUAUUGUGGAAAAACACAAGACGUAUUCUCUGUACCAUCCUGCUGCAGAGGCAUUUGCCAGCUCUGUAUCAGAGUUUCCUUUCAGGUUCAUAAGUCAGACUUGUUUUUACAUUUUGAUCUUUUUCCUUUCAGGUAUGACCAGAGAAGCGGGGAGGUUUUUCACCUCAUUCCUUUUUCUGAUUAUUUGUGCAGAGUCUAUCAACGCCCUUUUUGAUUUAAUCACUGCGAUGAGUAGUUCAGUAUCUCAAGCAAACUCCAUUGCCGGAACCACUUUGAUGGCCUUGGUUCUAUACUCGACUUAUAUGAUUCAGCUGGCCGAAAUGCAUCCCUGGUUUAAAUGGAUUUCCUACGCCAUUCCCAUUAGAUAUACUUUCGAGAGCAUGUUAAACUCUGAGUUUCACGGUAGAAAAAUGGACUGUACUGGCAAUGUAAUACCAGUGGGUUCCUCGUACAGCGACAUUUCUUCUCGUAAUCAGGUCUGUGCCUUUUCAGGUUCCCGACCUGGCCAGUCUUACGUUGUGGGAGACGAUUAUUUGAGCACAAAAUUUGAGUACAAGUAUACCCACACCUGGAGGAAUCUGGGAAUCUUGUUUGCGUUUGUUGUUUUUUACCUUUUUGCUAAGUGUAUUAUUACCGAACUAAGACCAUCAUCGUCUGGUGGGGGUGAUACUUUGGUCUUCAAGAAGGGAGCCAAGCGAUUACGUUCACAACCUGACGAGGAAAAUGGCGAAAAGUCGCUCACAAUGCCCGAAGCCAAGAAGAAUGUGGAGAGGGGCAGCCUAGCUUCCUCCAGUGAUUCUUCCAAUUUCUUUGAAGGCUUGAAAAGUGAAGGAGCUUUCUUAUGGAAAAACGUGUCUUAUACCAUUCCCUAUAAAGGAAGCACCAGGAAAUUGCUUGACGACGUCAGCGGUUAUUGUGUUCCUGGAACAUUAACCGCGCUGAUGGGAGAAUCUGGCGCAGGUAAGACAACUUUACUUAAUACCUUGGCUCAAAGAAAUGUUGGUAUCAUAACUGGUGAUAUGCUUGUGAAUGGCAAUCCAAUUGAUGCCAGCUUUGAAAGACGCACAGGAUAUGUUCAACAGCAGGAUGUUCAUGUAAAAGAAAUGACUGUCAGAGAAUCUUUGCAAUUUUCUGCUAGGCUGCGCAGACCGCAAUCGGUUCCUGAUGCAGAGAAAUUGGAGUAUGUCGAGAGAAUUAUUGAAGUUUUGGACAUGGAAGAAUACGCCGAGGCCCUUGUUGGCGAUGUCGGUUACGGCUUGAACGUUGAACAAAGGAAAAAGCUAUCUAUUGGUGUCGAACUAGCUGCAAAGCCGGAUCUCCUCCUAUUUCUUGAUGAGCCCACCUCGGGUUUGGACUCACAGUCGUCCUGGGCUAUUGUUCAACUGUUAAGGAAACUGGCAGAAGCAGGACAAUCUAUAUUGUGCACAAUCCAUCAACCUUCAGCUACCUUGUUCGAACAGUUCGAUAGACUGCUUUUAUUGAAGAAAGGCGGACAAACAGUUUACUUUGGACCAGUUGGCAAAAACUCUCAGAAUUUGCUCGAAUACUUUCAGGAGAAUGGCGCUAGAAAAUGUGAAAAAUCUGAAAACCCAGCGGAGUAUAUUUUAGAAGCCAUCGGUGCUGGAGCUACCGCCUCUGUGAAAGAAGAUUGGCAUGUUAUUUGGAAAAAUUCUCAUCAACGGUCGAAGGCUGACAAAGAGUUGGACGACUUCUUGAAGAAGUUUAAUAGCACGCAAAGCAACACUGAGGGAAAUCAAAUAUCGAAGUACGCAACGUCCUACUCUUACCAGUUCAAAGUAGUUUAUGCUAGAAAUGCAGCGGUAUUUUGGAGAGAUGUCAAUUAUUUGAUGGCUAAACUUAUGCUGCAUCUGUGUGCCGGGCUUUUCAUUGGUUUCACAUUUUAUAACGUUGGUACUAGUUAUGCGGGCUUGCAAAAUGCCAUGUUUGCAGCCUUCAUGGCUUUGAUUAUUUCGGCCCCCGCCAUGAACCAAAUUCAGGCUCGUGCCAUUGCCUCUCGUGAACUCUUCGAAGUAAGGGAAUCCAAAUCGAAUACCUUUCACUGGAUGUUUCUCGUCCUUUCACAAUACCUAUGUGAAUUACCUUACCAACUUGUGUUUUCUACUGUAUUUUUUGUUGGUUUUUACUUUCCCUUGAGAGUUCACUACGAGGCCCGUUACGCAGGAGUGUUCUUUUUGAAUUAUUGUAUUAUGUUCCAGCUCUACUUUGUUGGCCUUGGUUUGAUGCUUCUUUACGCUGCUCCUAACUUAGCCUCUGCUGGUGUGAUGUUGAGCUUGAGUUUGUCGUUUCUAAUUUCCUUUUGUGGCGUUGUUCAACCUGCAAGUUUGAUGCCUGGCUUUUGGACGUUCAUGUGGAAAGCGUCGCCCUACACGUAUUUUGUUCAAAAUACGGUUGGAAUUGUCCUCCACGACAAGCCUGUCAUCUGCAGAGCUAAAGAAAUGUCAUAUUUGAACCCUCCAUCUGGUCAAACCUGUGGGGAGUUCCUCAAAGAUUUCUUGGCAAUGGCGACGGGGUACGUCGAAAACCCUAAUGCUACUGAAAAUUGUGGCUAUUGUCUGUUCACAGUAGGCGACGAUUAUCUCAACCAAAUAAGCUCCAGCUACAGCCAUAUCUGGCGCAAUUUUGGUUUCUUCUGGGUGUACAUUUGCUUCAAUAUUGUGGGCAUGGUCGCACUUUAUUAUAUUUUCCAUGUCAGCAGCUUUUCCCUGAAGGAUACCAGAGUGGGAAAGACAAUAAUGGGGAAGCUUAAAGCCGAAGAAAAGUAA